ACCACCCCCGGUAACAACAACAACACAAUGGCCUCUAGAACCGUUAUCGCAAGGACUGGUUUGUUGGGCGGAAAGAGGGUUGGAGCUCUGGAGGAUCUACUAAAGGUAGCCGCUCCUAAUCGCUAGAAGGGAAAUCUCCCGUCAUCUAACGAUAGGCAGCUGUCGCUUGUUCCUCGAUUUUCAAGGUGCAUGGCCACCGGGGUGGAGGGUUCGGAUGUGGCUUCUACCUCUCCCUCUGUACGAAUCCUUCCCCCAGAGCCACCGGCAGAGAUCCCCUUCGCAAUCAGGAAACGUGCGGUCUCCCAGCAAUCGCUUAUACCCUUACUAACAUUCAUCAGCGCCCACCGUCCUUGCUACUAUCUAUCGAUUCCCUACACUUGAGCCUCUGCGCUUCCAAUCCUUCCCUACAACCUUCUUGCAUCUCCCAACUCGCCGGGACAUCUUGCAUAGAGCUAUAACCUACGAGGGGGAUGCUGCUCGUUCCGGAAACGCAAGCACAAAAUGGCGUGGAGAAGUGCACGGUAGCGGACGCAAGAUCCGUCCACAGAAAGGAAGCGGGAGGGCUCGCCUCGGAGACAAAAAAUCGCCCAUGCUUCGAGGAGGAGGCGUAGCCCAUGGGCCCAAACCUCGAGACUUUUCUACGGAUCUGCCCAAGAAGAUGUAUAAUUUGGCUUGGAGAACGGCUUUCAGUUACCGGUAUCGGCGUGGGCAGUUGAUUGUUGUUGAGGAUGCACUCGAAAUUCAAGCCGAUGACUCGGGAUUGGCCAAUUCGAUCAUUAAAAAGAAUGGGUGGGGCAAUGAGAACUCGAGAAGUCUGUUUAUCGUGAAAGAGGAGAGGCCCAAUUUCAUGGGCGCUAUGAAGGGAUUGGGGUCUGAGGGAUUGGUGCUGAUGAGGGAGGAGGUAGAUGUCAAGGACCUUGUAAGCCUCUCCUAUAUGAUUUCCUUCCGCCGUUCGCUUGAUCAGGGGGUAUUUCUCUGGAUGUUACUGACGGCGGCACCGGGAUAUAGCUAGAGAUGGGAAGGAUCGUGAUCGAAAGGGAAGCAUUGGAGUGGUUCCAAAAGGAGCGGUCGUAGACAUGUAGCAUAAAUAUCACCAUACUUGUUUUUCUC